AUGGAGCAACUAGGCUUUGAUGGCAUCAACAGAUUUGCUCUAGACUACUACUUGGGUCAGGGAUUGAAGGUGUCUUUUGAUCGUCUUGUGCACGAAUUGGAAGGCGGAGCACGCGUGUGUGGCGGAGACGAAGGUGACAAUCAAAAUCUCCUUUAUUCUUUAAAGUACCUAACGGAGUAUGCCUUAAAGAAAGAGUUUGAACAAGACUUAGAAGGUGAUUUGCACGCUUCUCAAACUGAUGGAUAUCACAAGAAUUCAACUAUUGAAAAUAUCGAUCGAGUAUUGUGUAGCCAACAACCGGGUAAUUUCAGUUUCCCGCAAUUACCAACCGCUGACUUGGUAAAUAAAGUGAGCAAUGGCAUUAACUUUACUGAACUGAUAGAAGUAAGGGAAAGUACACGAGUCAAGAUCAAUCAACUACUUUUACAAAUUUUGGAAGAGAAUUCAAGCUUGCAAAUAACUGGUCAAGGACCCUCCAAAGAUUUAUUCUUGUACGCAGCACAAUAUCUUCAAGAAGUGAAAAGACGUACCGAUGUAAGUGAGUUUUAUUUCAACAACACCGUGCGAGCUUUUCUUGGCUCUAAUGAGUUGCAUAUUGUCCCAUAUGUGGAAUUUGUCGAAGCCUUUCGAUCGAAACUCUUGUCCACUAUAAAGAUCCUAACACCCAGCUUCAAAGAAACACAAAGCUCAACCCAAAACCUGUUAAACGAACUACGAGAAAGAGGUAAUAAUUUGAUGUCAUUCUUGUGCUAUGCUCAAGCAAUAAAAGUAUACACUGAAGCUUUGUUGCUUGCGCCACCAUUCACACACGAUGAUGAGUCGCAAAUUUACACCAACAGGGCAAUUGCGUUUAUAGGUCUCAACUGCGUCCCCGAAGCUAUAGAUGAUUUGAACGCUGCAAUUGUUUUAGACCGUGCAUUCACUCCAGCUUGGACCCAAUUAGGGUACUGCCACUUGUAUAUGGGAAACGGCUUGCUUGCCUUGGAGUGCUAUGACCUUGCAUUAAGAUCCGCAGUAGGGGAGAUAUUGCCCAACAACUUUCCUAAUAGCGGAUCUAUUGUUGAUGAAUAUAGGAGCUUGAGAACCAAGACGGUGUUGCCUCAGUUUAUCAAGAGAUUGAGCUCAGCGAUUGCCUUGACCGAAAAAAGAGCUUAUCAACAAGAUGUUCCAGAAGACAAAAUCAAAAACAUAAUCAGCGAUGUUAGAAAAUUGCUCGCUCGAUUAAGAGCAGUUGGACCAGAAGUUGAUCGCGAUUGCUUUACGUACAUGCCUGUUUAUCGUGACUCUUCUUUGAGAGACCUUUCACAGCGAAUCAACGAGAGUCGUCCAAAUAUAUUAACACCUGAGGUGACGCAGAACAUGCUUGCCAGGAAUGGUAUGGAAACAGCCACCGUUACCGAGAUCGAAAGACCACCUCACUUUAAUACAGAGCGCAACCCCACUGCUCGCAAUCCGGCUGGCAAUAGAGAAGGAAGUCCAGAUAUCCAAGUUUUUGGGCCCAUGAACUCUGAAACAUGGCCCCUCAGUAGUCUAAGAGAUAUGAUAGGAGGAAUUGCAGAAGGUGGCACAAGAAAUACAGCACAAAAUUCACAACAACCCGCUCCGGGUGGUGAUACAACCGGCUCUGGGGCUGCUGAUGAUGAUGCAGCUGCUGCUGCUGAUACGGGCACUGGGGAUCAAAGCAACUCUGCAACAAACAACUCAAAUGCGAAUACGAAUGCCAGUCGGUCGCCUAUGUCCAACGAACGCCCAAAUUUAUCAAAUAUGUUACCUGAUGCUAUUCGCCAUGUAUUGAACCCAGGCUUAUUAAACACUUUUGAAAGAUUUACGCAGGGUGAGGGAACUGGAGCUUUAUUUGUCAAUGGGGUUGAGGUCUCUGGUAGGAGCAAUAAUAGACAGGGCGGUGAAAACACGGCUCAUUCGGAAACUCGACAACAGGCUGGAACCCAGACACAGACCGAUCUGACAAAUACCGAAGAAACCAGAAAUAGGGCACGUGACCAAAGCAAUUCAGGUGAUAAUCCUCCUGAUUUUGACUUCAAUGAUCAAGAGUUAGACUGA